CUCACUUGGCGCUGCCUGUGCUCCCAGACCAGGAGAGCUGACAGAUAAAAGUGUAGAGCUUUGCAGUCGGCACAAAAAGAACUUUGACUAAUGAAGUUUAGACUGGAUAAAUAGAUAUUGGAUUUGGCUAAAGGUGUUUUAUCCGUGUAACCAUCUUUUGAACCCGGUCUGGACGUCGGUGCAUCAUUUGAGCUCUGGAGGCAAUUGCGAGAAAGAGGGAACUAUGUCCAGCCUUAAUACAAGAAACAGUCUUUUCAUCAAUCUAAACCUUGGAACCCCUGUGCAGAUAAACUACAAUGGCUCAACCUGGAUCCCAAGCAUAGGCAAUGCCAGUUACCAUAAGGGUGGGUCAGAUACAAGAGAAUAAACAUCGUAACCAGAUGAGAAGAUUGUUUUACAGAACCACAGACCAGCCUGCAGCUUUACAGCUAACCUCCUUUGGACCGGAUGUAAAAUACUACUCAGAUGCUACUUUACCGGAUCUUUGUAUAUGUACUGCAGAAGGUAUCAACGACUUUAACCAGAUAGCAGCUGCUUUAAUGUGCAAUAUGUUAAUGGCUUAAAAUGGAUUAUCCAAAACAUCACUGACCUUUGUGCAAGUACUGAAAAAAAUAUAUAAAAAAAACCCCAAAAAAACCCAAAAAACACAUGUAUGCCUAACUGCCUUUGGCAGGUACUGAGAAAACACAUUCCAGAAAUCUGCUUCUGUGUCAGAAAUAGCAUCUUUAUAUGACGAUUUAAGAAGUUGCAUGGUGUGUUGAUGCUUCAGGGUGAGAUAUAAUCAAUCAGCAUUUAUGCCAUCAUUGCCUUAAGGAAACUGUGUGAUAUUUAAACGUGACAUGUGCUAAUUGACACCUGACUACCUACAGAUGGGACCAGGGAGACAUUUGUCAAACCAACUGAAUCAAAUGAAAGGAUUUGUACUGCAAAACAUGCCACUGACCUGACAAGAGAACUAGAUUUGUACUUUAUAGAACACAUUCUAUGAUUGACAUUUGGAUGUGAGUUUAGGGAUCUGUGUCUGGCAUUAACUACUUUCAAAUACAAAAGAAAAUAUUGGGCCAGCUGAUGCUACUAAGGAUUGAAAAACAGUUUUUGUUUUGGAUGUGAGAUUUUAAAGUAAAAAAAAAAAAAAAAAAAAAAAAAAACACCUGUGGGCUCAGAACUGCCCCAUAAGAGUGACUUGCGCCCAAUGUAGCCCCUGAGCAAAUCUAAUGUUGCGGAGGGGGCUGCUGGCUUCGGGGUUCCGAGUGGCCUUGCUACUGGUGCUGCUGUGCUGCUGCCUGUCACUGAUCUACAUGCUGGCAUGCAGCCCGCGGGCAGACGAUGGUCAGGUCCCGCUCCCCCGGCCCAACAGCCCCACAGGCAAGGAGGGCUACCAGGCCCUGCUCCAGGAGCAUGAGGAGCAGCAUCGACACUAUAUCAGCAGCCUGAAGAAGCAGAUCUCCCAGCUGAAAGAUGAGCUACAGGAGCGCAGUGAGCAACUCAAGACCGUGCAGGGCUCCCUGGAGCACGGAGGGGUGGGCUUUGGGGCGGGAGGUGUCGGUGUUGGGGGGUUAAUGGGAGGGGAUGGUGGGAUGAGCGAUAGGAGCCGCACAGACCUCAUGGAGUUUCUGAGGUCCCAGCUGAGCCGAGCAGAGGUGCAUGCCGGCACUAAGAUCCCCACGGAGUAUGCCGUGGUGCCCUUCGAGAGCUUCACUCUGCAGAAGGUGUACCAGCUUGAGACAGGUCUCACCCGGCACCCCGAAGAGAAGCCUGUGCGCAAGGACAAGCGGGACGAGCUGAUUGAGAUGCUGGAGACAGCGCUGGAGACGCUCAACUCCCCUGAGGAGGAAGGGAACACCCACCGCCGCAUGUAUUCAGCUUCUGACUUCAUUGAAGGAAUCUACCGCACAGAGAGGGACAAAGGGACUCUGUAUGAACUGACUUUCAAAGGUGACCGUAGUCAUGAAUUUAAACGGCUGGUGUUCUUCCGCCCGUUUGGUCCCAUUAUGAAGGUGAAGAAUGAAAGAGUCGACACCUCCAACAUGCAGAUCAAUAUUAUCGUGCCUCUGGCUAAAAGGGCAGACAAAUUUCGACAGUUCAUGCACAAUUUCAGGGAAGUUUGUGUCCGACAGGAUGGGAGGAUCCACCUCACUGUGGUUUAUUUUGGGAAAGACCAAGUGAGCGAGGUUAAAGCAAUACUGGAAAAUACUUCAAAGGUGGUGAACUUCAAGAACUACACCUUCAUCCAGCUGAAUGAAGAGUUCUCACGGGGGAAGGGGCUGGAUGUGGGCGCCCGGGCCUGGAAAGGAAACAACAUUCUCCUCUUCUUCUGUGACGUGGAUAUCUACUUCACCUCAGAGUUCCUCAACGCCUGCAGACUAAAUGCACAGCCAGGUAAAAAGGUUUUCUAUCCAGUCCUUUUCAGUCAGUACAAUCCUGGUUUAAUCUACGGCCAUCGUGAUGCAAUACCCCCAAUAGAACAGCAAUUAGUCAUCAAAAAAGACACAGGAUUCUGGAGAGAUUUUGGAUUUGGAAUGACUUGUCAAUAUAGAUCUGAUUUCAUCAAUAUAGGUGGCUUUGAUGUAGACAUCAAAGGCUGGGGAGGGGAGGACGUGCACCUCUACCGGAAGUACCUGCACAGUAACCUGGUGGUGGUGCGGACGCCGGUGCGAGGGCUCUUCCACCUGUGGCACGAGAAGCGCUGUGUGGACGAGCUGACACCCGAGCAGUACAAGAUGUGCAUGCAGUCCAAGGCAAUGAACGAGGCCUCGCAUGGCCAGCUCGGCAUGCUGGUCUUCCGACACGAGAUUGAGGCCCACCUGCGCAAACAGAAGCACAAGACCAGCCUCAAGAAGACUUGAGGGCACAGCAAUACUGCUAGGGUGGCAUAGCCAAGGUAGAGGCUUUCAAUGGACCAAAUGAAACAGAAUAGCAAUGACGCCAGGAUUAGGACUGGCCCCGUGCAGAAAAUAAACGUGGCAUGAAUCGAAAACGAAGCCAUGUUUUGCCUUGUCACCCCUUUCAAGUUUCUUCUUUCAUACAUGCAUGUUUUAUAUGAAUCAUAUUACAUUAUAUGUAUAUACCAUAUAAUAAACAUGUUGCCUAGGUUAGACUGAUUGCUGUAUAACUAUCUAUAUGAAGGAUUUGGUGGUAGCUUAGAUUUGGUAGAUUUGAAAUACUGUUAUUUAUACAGUCAUAAAAAAAGGUCUCUUAUUUAUGAUGGUUGUGGGAUCAAGAAACUACAGCCUUUUAUAACUGCAAUUGAAAGGCUAGGAAAGAAAUGGUCCCGUUUAUUUCAAUUAUAUUCCUGAACACAUUGAAGUUGCUUUUGAUUGUUUACCGUAUUUGUUUCAAUCAUGUUGAUUUGUCUGUUUACGGCUUUCUUUUUGUCUUGUCAACCAGUAUUUCUUUUGUAAAAAACAUAUUAUAUUUAAAAAGGAGGGGGUGGGCUUAGGCGAAAUGGUGUGUUCCAAAAUUAAAUAGCAAGAUCACUACGUAAGUGCACAUUCCUUGCUUGCUUGGUAAUAAGAGAAGCCUUUUUAUCACUAAGCAACAUUUUUGGAAGCUUGUGUUGUACUGUAUUUUUUUUGUUAAUUCUUUCAAAGACUAGAUAUGUAGCUUCUGAAAGAGGACAACAGCACCACCCAGUUCAAUCAACAGAAAUCCGAUUCCUUUGGUGAAUGUAUUUUGUUCUCUAAGACUUCCCCUUUGUUGUUGUCAUGCAUAUGCUGGAUAUCUGUACAAUACACAACAAUGCAUUCUGGGUUAUCUAACUGCUCAGGUUCCUUGAUAAUUCAAAAUAAAGCUGUUUAGAAUGAUCGUAUACUAUAGCUUACCUGUUGAUAUGUGUGUGUGUGUAUGUGUGUGUGUAUAUAUAUAUAUAUAUAUAUAUAUAUAUAUAUAUAUAUAU